AUGCUCGGGCACAAUCAAAAUGUCGUCUAUCAGGUAGGGUGAACGUUUUUUUAAUGCAUUUUAAGAAUGACUAAUUUCCAGGUGAACACGUAUUUCAACGAAAAAGUGCAGCAGAGAAAGGGGCGUGUCACAAAAAGUGUGUACCGAAUCGCCAAAGUCGUACAGGAUAUUCUCAAGGAGGUCGAGGCGCAGGAGCCCCGAUUUAUCAAUACACUCAGCGAAACUUCGACCGGAAGAUACGAUGGGGUGAGUCAUUUAAAAAGAAAAUAACAAUUUUUUGAGCCAAGAAAUCGAAAAAUUGGGGAUCCCGACGUUUCGCAACUAAAAAAAAACGCCGCGGUUACUAAAAUUGUGAUUAAUUUUGAUGCAAAUUCGAACCCCUCAUCAGUUUUUCGAUAAAGUUGUAGGUACGCUACCUAUAGAAGGGCCUGGCGACUAUCAAAAUCCACCUUUUCCACAGUACAACCGUUUUUUUUUUGAAUGCCGAACAAAAAAGUGUUGCAGAUAGUGGUGCACUCGCCGUCGGAAUACGAGGCGGUGCUCUACCUCAACCAGAUGGGCGUCUUCAAUUUCGUCGACGACGGCACCAUUCAGGGAUGCGCCGUGCUCAAACUCAGCGACGGCCGCAAGCGGUCAAUGUCGCUGUGGGUCGAGUUCAUCACCGCUUCCGGCUACCUUUCCGCCCGCAAAAUUCGCCAUCGCUUCCAGAAUAUUGUCGCUCAAGUGCUGCAGACGCCUCAAUUUAGGUGAGAUUUAAAACAUUCGAAGAAAAAUCCUCUGAAAAACAUUCCAGCGAUUACUGUAAACUCGUCCAAGACAACACGGACGUGCGGGUUCGUGUGGACGACAAGUACACCGUCCAAAUCACUUGCGCUUUCCGGUGCAACGGAAUUUGGCCCCGUUCGGCCAGCCACUGGCCAAUUGCCGGACUUCCGUGGCCGAAUGCCGGUCUGGCCGCUCAGGUACGUUGAAAAGUUAGGCCACAGGCCUCGAAAUAAGCAGAAAUUGCGCGGAAACAUCCCGAAAAUUGUUUCCAGACAAAAGCCGAAGGAUUCGAUUUGACGAGUCGAGAAACGGCGAUCACACAACAAGCGAAUCCGAAUAAGCAGGCGAAUACGAUGGAGGCGGAUGCGUGGGCGAUGAAAAUGCACGGAGCCGAAAAUAUGCUCCUCAGUGAGUGCCGUGCAAACGGCCGGUCAAGGCUUUUUGGAGGCCUGUACUUUUGACCCACUUGCAAUGAUCCGAUCGGGCCCAAACUUUGCAAUCUUCUUGGACUUGAAUAGAAGUAUAUUGGAUCCAAGUUACAGAGCGAUCGGAUCAUCCGAUCCCGAGAUAUAUAGAUCAGAAAAGGCCCCAAUUUUUGCGAAAACCCGGUCUUUUCGACCGGGACCAGAUGAUCGAAUCGGUCUGAAACUUGGAUCCAUAAUACUUCAAUCUGGACCCGAUUCGAUCAUUGUCAUUGCGAGCGGGUCAAAAGUCGAAGCCGGAAAAUUCAAAAAAAAAAUCCAAAAAAUCUUGCAGCCGGCGGUCGUCGCAAGACACUGUCGAUUCUCAAAUGUCUCCGCGAUGCUCACAUGGAUUUUCCUGGCACUCCGGUCACCAAUUACAUUCUCAAAACGUUGGUUUUGUACGAGUGCGAAAAGCAUUGCAGCGAGUACGAGUGGGAAGACACCAAUAUCGGCGAUCGACUUGUCGGUCAGUUUUUGAAAAACAUUUUCGAAUCGCUUGGAAUUCUGCCGGAAAAUAUUAUAGUAGAAGGCUUCUAAAAAAACGGUCCUUUCCACCCAUUCUUCUUCUAAAAAUUCUCCAAAAUUCCUCCAAUUGUUGCAAUGCAUUACUAAUGCAUUCGCGUCCACUCGGACCCCGUUUCGGUCCCGAGAAAGCGAAAAUUCCUCAGGGGCACACAACGAAAAACACAUUGCCAAUCAACGUUUUUCUCGGCGGCAGUGGGAAAAGAAAACGAGAAAAAUCUAUUCCUAAUUCUAGAGAAACGCCGAGAGAAAAAGUGUCACUUUGAAUUAGGCAUCAAUUCGUAUGAUGACCAUCGCCGAUGCGUUUUGAACCGUUUUUCUCGCAUUUCAAAUGGGGGGCGAAAUUGAGGGAAGUUGCAAGAAAAAGAAAGGGAUGACUGUAAUUUGAAGGAACAUUUCCAAGAAGAUCCCAAAAAACCCCCCAAUUUGCAGGAGUCCUUCUCCAACUGGUCAGUUGUCUUCAAUGCCGUCGCUGUGCUCACUAUUUCCUGCCGUCGCUGGACCUUCUCCGCUCGAAACCCGUCCAUUCGGUCGAACAUUCGUCCAAGUUGGCGUGGAAUCUCGUCAGAAAGCUCAUGAUCGACCCGAACGCUCUGCAGACUUUAUAG